AAACACUAAAGCGAUGAGUUCUCUUCCUCCUCCGUUACCCCAUAUCCUAUGGCUUCCUCCGUGGUCGCUCUUGCAACUUCACAUUCCAAAACGCUCUCUUAUCAUCAACCUGGGAACCCUUGCUAGCCCUCGCUAAAGAUCUUCCUAUCGUAUGCUUUCUUCUCACGGUUUGGUUUUUGUGCUCUUUUUUUCGUGUUUUCGCGAGAUCUCGAAUCAAACGCGACCUCACAUCUGGUUCUCGAAAGUAUGUCAACAAAAAGAUCGAAACUGUGAGAAAAAGUUGACUUUUUGAUGGAAAUUUGGCGGUUUUCUUUCUCGAGUCUUCGGUUUCUUUAGUUUCGGUUCGGAUCUUGCGAUGGAUCACGAAGCAGGGGUGGAGAGGGAGAGGAAGCGAUUAUUAUCAGGAAAGGAUAGGCUACCGAAAGAUCUGUUGUUGAGGUUUGUUGGAAAUGGCUGCGGCGACGAGACCAUGGAGGCGACGGAAGGGGACUCCGACGAGAUUGAGCUCACCCUCGGCCUCUCCCUCGGCGGGUGCUUCGGCGCGGACCCCAAGGAAAAGAAGCUAUUCCGCUCUUCAUCGACCGCAUCCUUUUCGUCGCUGUCCUGUGUGCCUGAGUUCCAGGUCGUGGCCGCGGCCGUCCUGACGAGGACGAGCUCACUGCCGGUGGAGACGGAGGAGGAUCGGCGGAAGCGGAAGCAGAUGCAGAGCUUGAAGAGGCUGGAGGCGAAGAGGAAGAGAUUGGUGAGGAAGAAUUCGAUCAGGUCAGGGGCUGCAAAGCCCGGAGAGAAAAUGGAGGAGGAUGCCGACGGAGGGAAGGGAUCGACGGCCGUGGAGCAGACGAUGGUUGAUAACGUAGAGCUCACAGCACUAGGGAGCAGCCAUUCCGGAGGCGCAAGAAAUGGCUUUCCCCCACCCGGAUUACCAGCGCGGGCUGCUGUAUCGAAGAGGGUGGCUGCCGCGCCGGUGGACGUGCCGGGGUGCUUUCCGCUGGUCUCGCAGGGGUCUAUUGGGUCGCAGGGGAGCAUCUCCUCCAGCAAGCGCGACGACACUCGGGCAGCACGAGGCUUCGGCAUGGCUGGCUAUAGCAAUCAUGCAGAGACGAAGAGCGGGAAGGCUACAGUUGGAGGAGAUGAAGGCAUUGCGAAGAAGGUGGCGGCGCAAGCCAACUGGAUGAAGGAGACGGAGAGGAGAAUUAUGGAGGAGAUGCCGUUCGUGUCCACCAGAGGCGAUGGGCCCAACGGAAGGAGAGUCGAAGGCUUCCUGUACAAGUACAGGAAGGGGGAGGAGGUGAGAAUAGUGUGCGUGUGCCACGGCAGCUUCCUCACACCUGCUGAGUUUGUCAAGCACGCGGGCGGUGGCGACGUCGCAAACCCGCUCCGCCACAUCGUGGUCAACUCUUUCCCCUUCUCGUAGUGAUCAUGAACUUUGAUCUCACGCAAAAAGAAUUCAAAUUUGGUUUGCUUUCGGAUCAAACACUCUUCAUCAAUCAUAUGGUUUUGACUUCCCUUCA